AAGCGAUUUUCUUCUCUUGUGAAAAGUGGCGGGAAAUUUUGAACAGAAACAUUGUUACAGAGAUGACGAUAUCACAAGAUUUCAUGCCGGAAAAAGAAUAACAGUCAAAACUGUCUCAUUAAUUGGAGGUGUCAUUAAUAAAAUAUGGACACCAAGGAGAAACGCAGCCUAAAAAGUCCGGAAGAAACAUCGAGUUUCUUAAACUCGUUAUGUUUCGGUUGGACGUUGCCAAUUUUCAUAAAAGGAACGAAAUGCGACUUGCAGUUAACAGAUUUGUACGAUCCCUUAAAAUCCGACGAGUCCAAAGGACUCGGUGAUCGUCUUGAACGAGAAUGGAAAAAGGAGUUGGCAAAAGUCAAGGAAAUUCCGACACUUCGAGACGGCAGCACGAAGAAGAAGCCGCAGAGACAGCCAAGUCUGGCUUGGGCUCUGACUCGAGUCUUGUGGGCUCCGUUCAUGGUUCGAGGACUGCUCAUCUUCGUUCAGAUGAUGGUGCUGCGGGUUCUGCAGCCCCUGGUCCAGGGCUGGGUGAUUAGCUACUUUAAGCAAGGCAAAAACGCGAUGACCCAAAGCGAGGUACUCCUCUAUGCAACCUUCCUGGUCCUCCUGAUUCUCGGCAAUGUUUUCGUGCAUCAACACGUCGCUCUGCGAAGCCACGAAAUCGGAAUGCGCGCCAGAAUCGCGUGCUGUUCCUUGAUAUACCGGAAACUCCUAUGCCUCAAUCUAGCCUCAGUUAAUAACAUAGCUGCAGGUCGAGUGGCUAACUUGAUUAGCAACGACGUGGCAAGAUUCGACUACCUUCUGAGGUUUCUUCACUUCAUUUGGAUUAUGCCAUUGCAGUUGCUGCUGGUGGGAUGCGUGAUGUGGCAGUUUGUCGGUGUAGCUGCGUUGGUAGGAAUAGCGGUCAUGAUGAUCCAGACGAUGCCUCUCGAACUCUACUUCAGUCGCCUCAGCGCGAAAUUGAGAUCGAAAAUCGCGGCAAAGACGGAUCAACGGGUGCAGCUGAUGAGUGAACUGAUUUCUGGGAUAGAGGUUGUGAAGAUGUACGGAUGGGAACAACCGUUCGAGCAGGAAGUGUCGAGGAUUCGUUCACUGGAGUUAAAACUGAUCUCCUUUACGUCUUUCCUCUCAGGUAUACUCUUGAGCAUUAUGGAGUUCUCGAAGAGAGUCACUCUGUUCUCAACUCUGAUGACUUUUGUCCUGAUGGGAAACCUGCUCACUGCUGAAAUCAUCUUUCCACUAACUACGAUGUUCGACUUUCUGCGGAUCACGUGUGCUGUAGCUGUUCCCCAGGCAAUCAUCAUGGCUUCUGAAGCAAAGGUCUCUUUAAAAAGGAUCACGGAAUUUUUACUACUGGACGAAGUCAAACAUUGGAAACAUUCUGAAUUUGUAGCCCCUGAUGGAAACCGUAAUCAACUGGGUGAGAAGGGACCAGGAGAUGAAAUGCUGCUGCUGGAUAAGAAACGUUCGGUGGAAAAAUUCUCUUCAACGUCUAAUAGCGACAUUCACAGUACCGAAAAGAUAUCGAAUGGACGCAGUAUUGAGAUUGAAAUGACACAGGUUGCUGCGAACUGGGUUUACGAACAGCUGCCACCUACCUUGUUCGAACUUUCUAUGACGAUAAAGAGUCGAACACUUUCCGUACUUGUGGGGCCCGUUGGCUCUGGAAAGUCGUCGGUGCUUCACCUCCUCUUGGGCGAAUUGUCAGUCGGUGCUGGAAAAGUGUCGUUCUUCACCACUGAAAACAACACCAAAACUGCAAUUAAUCAUACAGAUAUUCGCAUAUCAUAUACUAGCCAAGACCCUUGGAUCUUCGCCGCAUCCGUACGCGACAACAUAAUUUUUGGCCAACCCUACGACAAGAAUCGAUACCAAGAGGUGAUUAGAGUCUGCGCACUAGUCGAAGACUUCGAGCAGCUACCUCAGGGCGAUUUGACUUACGCAGGAGAGAGAGGAGCGUCCCUGUCUGGAGGCCAGAAGGCUCGGGUGAACCUGGCAAGAGCUCUUUACAGAGACGCCGAUCUUUACUUACUCGAUGAUCCUCUCAGCGCUGUGGAUUCAAGAGUGGGAAAUCACUUGUUCAAAGAGUGCAUCCAAGGCUUCUUAAGGGAUAAAACUCGAAUCCUUGUCACCCAUCAGCUUCAAUUUCUUCGAGAAGCUGACAGUGUCAUUGUUCUAAAUCGAGGGCAUGUUGAGUAUGAGGGUACUUAUGAAGAACUGAAGCAUUCUGGACUGGCACUAAUGGAUACUGAAAACUCAGAGGGAUUCGAUGAGGUCGAAGAAGAUAAGGAGAAUCACGAUAAGGACAUAGAAGACAGGGAACUUACCGCAGUUGUGGAUGACAAUGACGAAUCAAGCACACCUCCAGAAAGUACCAAGAGUUCAUCUCAGUCAUCAGAUGUAAAACAGGAGGAGGUCGCAACUGGAGACAUGUCAAACAACGUGUACAAAAACUACAUUUCAGCGGGUGGUAAUAUGUGCUCACUGAUUAUUGCCGUUGCAGCCUUCAUCAUCACGCAAGCAUCAACUAGUGGAAGUGAUUAUUGGAUAACAUAUUGGACAAACCAAAAUGCUCGCAGAGCUACGCUAAUACUGUCAAACGACUCUGCUUCCGAUUCUGCAAACUACCGGAAUUCAACUGAAGAUAACCGUGAGCAGAUAGACUUGACCACCAAAUCCCAGUGGCUUGAUGAUUAUGGACUGCUUCGUAAAAGCGUCGCAAUUUAUGUCUACACAAUAGUCAUUGCAUUCUCUACUGUGAUUCUCACUUUUCGUAACGUGUUUUUCUUGCGAAUAUGCAUGAACGCCAGUCGGAACUUACACAACUCGAUGUUUGCUAAUCUGCUGCGAGCGACCAUGAGAUUCUUCCAAACUAAUCCAUCCGGGAGGAUUAUGAACCGAUUUUCAAAGGACGUUGGCACCAUGGACGAGCAACUGCCCAAAACGAUGCUUGACGCACUUCACACCUUCGCUACGACAAUUGGGAUUUUUGCAAUGGUGAGUAUCGUCAACCCGUUGACGAUCAUACCAAUUUUGGUUAUAGCCGGAUUGUUCUAUGUGUUGAGAAUGUACUACCUCAAAACGGCUCAGGACAUUAAGCGACUUGAAGGAAUCGCCAAAAGUCCCGUCUUUUCGCACGUCAGUUCUACCCUGCACGGGCUGACGACAAUACGGAGUCGGGGUGUACCGGUUGCAGAAAUGUUGCGGAACGAAUUUGACCGUCACCAAGAUGGCCACACUAGUGCCUGGUACUUGACCAUUGCAACGGCGACUGCGUUUGGGUUUACCCUUGACCUGAUUUUGUGUGGUCUGAUGACUUUCGUUUGCUUCUCAUUUAUUCUGAUGGACAACGGUAAUAUUCUUGGAGGUUCUGUUGGGCUGGCCAUUUCGCAGUGCCUUUCCUUGACCGGAAUGGUUCAGUACGGUAUAAAGCAGAGCACCACCGUCAUCGCACAAAUGACAGCAGUAGAAAGGAUCCUUCAGUACACAAACCUUCCAAAAGAGGGACCUUUCAAAACUGAUAAACCACCUCCGGAAACUUGGCCUUCUGAUGGCACUUUAGUCUUUAAAGACGUCUCUAUGAGAUAUGUCCUCAGCAAGCCACCAGUGCUGAAGGACCUCAAUUUCAAGAUAAAUCCUGGCUGGAAAGUCGGAAUUGUUGGAAGAACCGGUGCUGGGAAAUCUUCGCUUAUAUCAGCGCUGUUUCGUUUGACUGGAGACGGACUAGAGGGUGAAAUACUACUGGACGGAAUAGACACGAAGUCAAUAGGGCUGCAUGAGCUGCGGCCUCGCAUCUCCAUCAUCCCUCAGGAACCAAUUUUGUUCUCGGCAAGUCUCCGCUACAACUUGGACCCGUUUAACCAUUACUCGGACGCCGAGCUGUGGGACAGUCUCCGAGAAGUCGAACUUGGGAAUUCAGUCCAAACCCUCGACUUCCGGGUAGCUGGAGGUGGUGCAAACUUCAGCGUUGGACAACGUCAAUUGAUAUGCUUGGCUAGAGCUAUACUAAAGAACAAUCGAGUGCUCGUACUUGAUGAAGCUACCGCAAACAUCGACCGUGGGUCCGAUGCUCUGAUUCAAGAUACCAUCAAACGGAGGUUUGCAGACUACACGGUGUUGACAGUGGCUCAUCGACUAAACACCAUAAUGGACAGCGAUCGAGUCAUGGUUAUGAGAGGAGGUCACAUAGUGGAGUUUGAUCAUCCACAUUUACUGUUGCAAAAACCGAACGGCUAUUUCUCGAGAUUGCUUCAACAAACGGGAAAAGAGAUGACGGUAAAACUUUCAAAAAUUGCCGAAAGUGCCUAUCAGAUGAGUCCUGAAUUCAGAAAGGAUGCUCACCAGAAAGACCUCACCAUUACUAACAGUGAAAACACAAUAACGAAAAUGUAG